AUGUCGACCCCCAUCUCGACUACGAGUACCUCGGAUCCCACCCUGACUCUCGAGUCUUUCCCUUCGCAUUUUACCACAUUUCUACUCACCUACACAACCCCCUUCGAUCUCAUUCUUGCAACUAUUUUUCUGUGUUUUUCGCUGUACAAAUUUGGCGCGCACCGGCAGAACUUUCUCGCCACAGCCACCCUGAUCGCCGCGUACCUGGGUCGGAAAGCGAUCUUACCCGCAACGAACCUGGACGGAUGGGAUCCCGGAAAUGAUACCGUCGGGCCGGGCAUCUACGGGGGGAAGGUGCUGUAUGACGAGAAGAACAACAUUGUUUACGGGAAGCAGUACCAAAACCACAACCCCUUCGUCGACGGACCGGUUUACGAGGGCAAAGGGGCGGGCUAUUCCUUUAUGAACUCCCUGUUGCGUGCGUUUGAUGUGGAUGGCUUGGAAACCGCACUGGAGAGAGACCCAGGCCUGUCUUUGGAAAUCUCCACCGGCGGCGCGACGCCGCUACACUUCGCCGGCAUGAUCCGGAUACCAAACAAUAACGCCGCGAAAAACGCAACGGGCAAAGGACCGCGGGGUUCUGACGGCAGCAGGAGCGUCGGUGAGACAAUUCCCAGCAGCGAGAACGCGUUUUAUGAAGAGAAGAUGCGGAAAAUGGUGAAAAGCUUGCUGCAAGCGUGCCUUCUUCACAUUACAGAAGAACAGAACAAACAAAAAUCUGCUAGUAAGGCAAGAGGAGGCGGAACAUCUUCCACUACUGUAUCCUUAUCUCCAGUGGACGCCUGCAUCAACAAAAACAUCGACCUAUGGGGCUACACGCCGCUGCACCGCGCGGCUGGGAACGAGGCAGUGGCAGUUUUGCAGGAGCUAGUUGCCUAUGAAUGGCAAAAAUGUCCGGGUCUGGGAGGUUUGGAAACUUGGCAUGCUAUCAUGUCGAUGGCGUCCUGCCUUCAAUACACACCAGCACAUGCGCACAACAAGUGUUUGUGCUGCCAUGCGGUGCAGGGAAUUUUCAUUUUGCAUGAGAGAUUGCUGCUUUGCAUUACAAAAAAGCUGAGAGGCCUUUGCGCAACAUGCGUGACAGAAUGGACGCAUUUGCCUGCCGAGCAUUACAAGUUUUCACUUUUCCAGACCAAGACAUGUGUGCAUGGCAUAUCGCUGUCGAAAGUGUUGAUUUGAACGUCAUGUCGACUGGCGUCUACAACCUGUACGGCGGUCCAGAAACACCUUUGGAGACUGCAAGAAGAGAAAGCGCGGUAGUCGCAACGAGAUUUUUGGAAGAGAUUAUGGAGAAAACGGAAGGGGAAAGUUCGAAAGCGACUCCUACAGACGCGAAUAGAUGA